AUGGAAUUGAGCAGGGCUGGGCUCCAGUUCAACAUCAGUCAGCCCUUCCUGUACUCCGAAAGACCACACUUACUCACUGGCGUCGAGGUAGACCCUUCCACGCUUCCUUCUGAUCUGAGCGCUGCUGACUUUACAUAUCAGGCUUCUUAUCUUCCGUCAGAUUUGGGUCUGCAGCCUGCAUUUACUGAUUGCCCACUUGCCUGGCUCACUAACCAGCUGAACCAACUGCUGGCCACCACCUUUCCACGUUCUUCAAGGAACACCGCUGCAUUCGCCUCUGUCGAAGACCAUGCCUACUUUGGCGCUCCAAUCUCACCUUCAGGAUCAACUUCGAAGCAUACGCAUGCCAAAAUCUCACUGGAGCAUGUGCCCGCCUGGCGCAUAGACAUUGAGGCGGCCGAGUGGCAAGCUGUCGGUUCAGUUUGGCAGUUCCAACUGCCCCCAAGACCAAUCGGCGCUCUACAGCCUAACGACCGGCUUGAGAUGAGGAUCCCUCUCUGGAUGCGGUACAGACUUCCCAUAAAGUGCUCUGAACUGCCGUCAGCACAGGAUAGUGUCUACAAAGAAUCAACUUCUCCGAAAAUUCCCCCCAGCAUUAUGCAAUCACUCCGUAGGCCUUAUUUGGAUUGCUCAGACACCGGCCUACUCAGGGACACAGGACAUCUGCAUAAUGACCCUGCUUCUCACCAGCUGCUGCCCGACCCUUCCAAGCCCAAUUCGUUCGAUUUUGUUCUACCGGUUGGUUGUUCAGAGGACCUUCUCCUUGUUGUUGGCCUCACCACGAGUCUGCUGUUUUUGGGCCUUGCCGUCUUGCUCUUUUUUUAG